GAACCUUUGUACCUUCCAACCUCUGUUGACUCUUCAUUUAUUAAUGAAAUUUAUGUAUUAUUUUAAAAGGAUUUCUCUUUAGUUUGCUGAUUGAGUGUUCUCUCCGUCUGUUUGCUUCUUAUUAUUUCAUGAAAAAUUCUGAAAAUAUAUCGGGGUGAAGGCUUUAGUGGAAGCUCUGAAACAUUGAUAACCAGAUGGAACCUGUCCCUGACCCUAUAAAUGAACAAUCUGGUCCUUUAAAUGGACAAGAAACUGCCACUGUUGGACAAAAUGUGGAUGUGGAAGCAAACACUAAUCCUGUUGCUGCUGGUGGGGAAAAUAUUGACGUGGAAGCAACUUCCAAAAAAAGAAAGGAACCUCACCAAAGAUCAGUGGUAUGGGACCAUUUCAACCCUAUUAAAGACCCUGAUGGUGUAAUCAUACAAGCUAAGUGUUCCUACUGUGCUCGUGUAUAUAAUUGUCAUGCUAAAAAAAAUGGCACAUCUACUUUAAGAGGUCACAUGCUUCGAUGCACUAAGCACCCACACAGUUUAGAAACUAGGCAAGCUCUGUUAUCAUUUCAGCCUGUUGUGAAUGUGGGGCAGGUGCCCAAUACUGGUGUUGAUAUGUGUACUGUUUCUAAUUGGAAAUUUGAUCAGGAAGCAAUUAGGCAAGAUAUUGCAUACAUGGUUAUUGUUGAUGAGUUGCCUCUGAAAUUUGUUGAGAAACAGGGAUUUAAAAAAUUAAUGAGUAUUGCAUGUCCUAAGUUUAGGAUGCCAUCUAGAUGGACUAUUAAUAGAGAUUGCUAUAGCAUGUUUGUAUUAGAGAAGCAAAAACUGAAAAGCUUUUUAAAAACUAAUACUCAAAGAGUGAGUCUAACAAGUGAUGCAUGGACUUCUAAUCAAAGAAUUAACUACAUGUGUGUCACUGUUCAUUUUAUUGACAAUGAUUGGAAGCUUCACAAAAAGAUAAUAUCUUUUGUUCCUUGUUCUAGACACAAAGGUGAAUAUUUGUCCAAAGCUUUAGAAACCUGUUUGCUAGAGUGGGGGCUCAAAAAUGUUUUCUCUGUGACUCUUGAUAAUGCUGAAAACAAUACUGCUGCCAUGAGUUUUUUUAUGAAAAAAAUGUUGAGUUGGGGUAGUAGUCCUGCUAGAUGCAAAUAUGCACACAUGAGAUGCAUAGCUCAUAUUCUUAAUCUGGUUGUGUCUGAUGGUUUGAAAGAGUCUGGGUCUUCUUUUGAAAAAGUUAGAGGGGCUGUUAGAUACAUAAAAAACUCACCUCUUAGGUUAAGUAAGUUUAAGGAAUGUAAGGAGUCAACUGAAAUUGUUUGUAAGCGUUCUUUGUGUCUAGAUGUCCCAACUAGAUGGAAUUCAACAUAUCUUAUGUUAGAUACUGCUCUUAUGUAUCAAAAAGUUUUUGAAGAGUAUGAGGAAAGAGAGUCUAGCUUUAAGAAAGAUUUGGGUGAUGAGGUUCCUGCUAUUGCUGAUUGGGAGAAUGUGAGGGAGUUAUGUAGUAUGUUACAAUGUUUUUAUAAAAUGACUCUGAGAAUUUCUGGUUCUCUUUAUGUGACUUCUAACAACCAUUUGAAUGAGAUUUCUGAUUUAUGUACAAUUUUACAAGAUUGGAUCAAGUCUAGUGACGAGUCUUUGAGGUCUAUGGGCACUAAAAUGAAACAGAAAUUUGAUAAAUAUUGGGGUGAUCCAACUGUAAUGAACAAGUUGAUAUUUUUUGCUAAUAUUCUGGAUCCUAGGGAUAGAGUUGUGUACAUGGAGUAUACCUUGAUUCAAAUGUAUGGUGUGCAUCAAGGUAAAUUCCUGUACAGAUUUGUGAUGGAUGAUUUGCAUGAAUUAUUCAAUGAUUAUGAAUUGCAAUAUACGAAAGAGAAGGCCGCUGGUAGCCAGAAUAUUGUGUCAUCUGAAUCAAUUGGCCAACUCUCUCAAGCCAAUUCUGUGCUGAAAGAAAGGUAUCUACAGCAAAUGAUGGAGACUGGUGGUGUGGGUGGAAGCAAGAAAACUGAAUUGGAUACGUACCUAAGUGAGGCAGUAGUUGCAAAUGAUGAGAAUUUUGACAUUCUCAGAUGGUGGAAGUUAAAUUCAGAGAGAUUGCCUAUCCUCUCUAGGAUGGCUCGUGAUGUGCUUGCAGUACCAGUCUCCACAGUUGCUUCUGAGUCAGCAUUUAGUACUGGUGGAAGAGUUCUAGAUGACUUUAGAAGUAGUCUGACUCCUACAAUUGUGGAAGCCCUUAUCUGCACCCAGGAUUGGCUAAAAGACCCAACAAAACCUGUUUCUGUUGAGGAGUCUUUGGAGGAGUUGGAACAGUUUGAACAAGGUUUUCAAGAACCAAUCAAUGCUAAUACUGGCCUAAUAGUUUAAUCACUUGGAGGCUGCAAGAAGUUUUUUGGAUGCAUAAUUUGUAAAGGCAGUUUUGCUCACCCUUACUAGUUACUAACAUAUACUUUGUUAGAUUACAUCAGUUGCAUUUUUUGUGGCAACUUUAGGACUUAUUUUUUGGUAUGCCUUAACAAAUAUGUUAGAUUACAUUACUUGUAAUUUUUGUACAGCCAACAUAUAAACACUUUGGCCUGCAUUUUUAUUGUAA